GCUCGAUGGACGUUAUUAAUUUCAUAAUUGCUUUCUUCGUGUCCAAAAAGCUGACCCUGUUGACAGCUUUCCUUUGCUGGAGACCAGAAGAUGUAAGCAAGCUGUUGAGUGAGGGGCGCGCGGCGGGGCUGCGCGUGCGGCUGUACCAGGCUUCCCAGCAGCUGCCCGAGCUGCCGGCGUACCGCACCUUCCGGGAGGGAAUGCUGCUCGACAUACGCUGUGACCACAGCUCGCUCGUGCUGGAGAAAGCAUCACCAAACCGCGCGUUCAACUUACGCCAUGCUUGGCUCAUACUCGACGAUUCGCCGUUGAACAUCUCUCAUUUAGAAACAAGCCUAGGAGACGCUCUCCUCCUGCCCGACGGCGACGUGACCUGGGCUUCGUCGGACGUGCUGGUGGACGUGUACCGGGUGAAAGGCGACCAGCCCCUGCUGGUGACGAGCCUCGGAGCUGGGAAGAGUCAGAAAGAGUUAGAGAAGUUAUGGUUGCGGCUCCCGUCCGCUGUUUCAAGAAGGAAGAAUUUGAAUAACGUUUACCUUAAUUCAGCGACAAUUAUCUCGCAGCCGCAGUACUUCAAGGGCUGGGACGACCUCGGAGACCGGCAGAUCGACACGUUCCCCAAGCUUACUUACCCGCUGCUCAUGUUAUGUGGAGAAGAUCUUAAAUUUCGGUUCAACCUGAAGCAAGUGGACUUGUACGGCGAAGAGCGCAACGGCACGUUCGACGGGCUGGUGGGCUACAUGCAGCGCGGGGAGCUGGAGGUGGGCGUCACCUCCAUGUUCCUGCGCGCCGACCGCUGGCGCGUGCUGCACUACUGCGCCGAGACUGUUGUGCUGAGAGGCAACUUCCUGUUCCGGCAGCCGUCCCGCUCGGCGGUGUCCAACGUGUUCGCGCUGCCCUUCAGCCGCGGCGUGUGGGUGGCGCUGGCCGCCGUGUUCGGCGCCGCCACGGUGCUGCUGCCGCUGUUCGGCGUCAUAGCGCGCCGCUUCACUCAGGACGCCACGGCGCAGCGACUGACGUUGUUGGAGAGCUUCACUUACUCCAUAGGGACCAUUUGUCAGCAAGGUUCAGACCUGUCUCCCGAGCUGUUGUCGGUGCGCCUGCUGAUGUUCUGCACGCUGCUCGCGUCGCUGUUCGCGUUCACGUCCUACUCCGCCAAGAUCGUGGCCAUCCUGCAGGCGCCCAGCGACGCGCUGCAGACCAUCGCCGACCUCACGCGCUCGCCCAUGGACCUCGGGGUGCAGGAGACCACGUACAAGCGCGUGUAUUUUGCCGAAAGCAACGACCCGGCGACGCAGGCUCUGUACCGGCGCAAGCUGCUGCCGCUGGGCGAGCGCGCCUACCUCAGCGUCGUCGACGGCAUCGCAAGGGUGCGGACUGGACUCUUUGCCUUUCAGGUGGAGGAGAGUUCAGCGUACGACAUCAUCAGCAAGACGUACACGGAGCGUGAGAAGUGUGGGCUGAAGGAGAUCAAGGCGUUCACGCUGCCCAUGGUGGCGGUGCCGGUCCGCAAGCACUCCGGCUACCGCGACCUGCUGGGAGCCAGAUUGCGCUGGCAGCGGGAGGUGGGACUGAUGGACCGCUACCGGCGCAUCUGGAUGAGCUCGCGGCCGCAGUGCGACGCGGGCAGCGGCGGCUUCGUCAGCGUGGGGCUGGUGGACGUGCUGCCGGCCGCGCACGCGCUGCUCGCGGGCGCGCUGCUCGCCGCGGCCGUGCUGCUGCUCGAGGUGCUCGUGCAUGCGGCCAAGCUGAUGUGCUGCUAGAAACCGCAGGGGCAGACAGUAAACGUAGGACUCCAAUCUGAACACAUACGCAUUGUAUUACAAAAACAGAUUUUUCUAAGCCGGGCUUGUGUAUUUAAUGUAAAUUUAAUUUAGAUGAUGAUUUCUUCAGCUCCAUUGAAUCUAGAUGUCCUGUGUAAACUUCAGAUUGGACUACUUGUUUUGCGAUCACCAUACCGACCGAUAACAUCAAGGAAGUUAUAGGAAGCAGGAUGAGGAUAGCGAAGGACCAAUUUCAGUGGCGCGCUCCCCGAAAAGGUCUAUGUCCACUAGACAUUGUCCAGCAGUGGAUGCAUAUAGGAUGAUGGACAGGUUUCAUAAUAUGAUAGACACAAUUUGAAAA